AUGGGUGUGGUUGGUUGUGGAGUAGUGUGUGAUGAAAUACCGGCUAGUGAAAGGGUGCUUAUGCAAAGAGGAGUUGCGAGGGGAGAGCUUGGCGCCGCAAAUGGGGAUGGCAUAUGCCUUGGUCAACUGCCGGUGCGCGAGGGAGAGGGCUAUGUGGGUGCUAGCAUGCUCGGUGCACUAAAGAAGGCUAGAGUGGCAUAUAGGAGAGGGGCGGCUAGCGGGCGGUGGGUAGGGUUGUUGCAACGGAGGCUGGCGAGGCACGUAAGAAGACUUGGCAUGGGGCUCGCAAGAGAGAGGGGGUUGGCGAGGUGA